AUGACGCAACAGGCAGACUUACUGGGUGCUUUCCAUGUAGCAAACAAGGUCGUGUUCUGCACCGGCGGUGCUGGCACCAUCUGCAGCGCUCAAGUCCGCGCCCUGGUGCACCUCGGCGCCAACGCCGCCAUCGUCGGCCGCAACGUUGAGAAGACGCAGAAUGCCGCUACCGACAUCGCCACCUGCCGUUCUGGCGCGAAGGUGCUCGCCCUGGGAGGCGUUGACGUGAGGAAGCCCGAGGAUCUGCAGGCCGCCGCCGACAAGACCGCGGAGGAGCUCGGCAGCAUCGACUUCGUCAUUGCCGGAGCCGCAGGAAACUUUCUGGCCCCCAUCUCGCAGCUGAGCCCCAACGCCAUGAAGUCGGUCAUCGACAUCGAUGUGCUGGGCUCCUACAACACUCUCAAAGCCACACUGCCCUAUCUGCUCGAGUCAGCUGCGAAGCAUAGGACUGAUGGUAAAACUCCUCCGGAACACGGCACUGGCGGUCGCAUCGUCUUCGUGUCGGCCACCCUCCAUUACUCGGGCACACCGCUGCAGGCCCACGCCUCGGUCGCAAAGGCGGGUGUUGAUGCACUCUCGGCCGCCGUCUGCAUCGAACAGGGCCCGCUCGGCGUGACCUCGAAUGUCAUCGCACCGGGUCCCAUCGCCGGCACCGAGGGCAUGCAGCGCUUGUCGAAGCUCGAUUCAGCGACCAACCCGGGGAAGGGCAUCCCCAGCGGCCGGUGGGGCGCAGUCAAGGAGAUUGCGGAUGCUACCGUCUUCCUCUUCAGUGACGCGGCCAACUAUGUCAACGGAGACGUGAUCGUGGUUGAUGGCGGUGCGUGGCGCAUGCCCAGCACCAAUCCCGGCCAGGAGUUUCAGUACCCGGACUUCCUCAUCAGCGGACAGGAGGUGACGGGCGUGAAGGGUGGAAAGAAAUCGAAAUUGUAG